AUUUAAGAAAAAGUUUAUCAAGAUGGUAAAAUUAGGGUUUCUUGCUGCUUUGGUUACUCUUUUACUCGGUGUAAGCUAUUCGUUUGCCGGUGUUAUUCCAUCUAAGAAUUCUUCUAAAUCAAUCGGAAAUUAUGGUGUAAAUGUGGAAAAUGUUACUGUCCCAGAUGGCAGUUGCUAUAAAUUUCAUUUAUACGUUAAAGGAUACAUUUGGUAUAUAUGUACUAGUGGCAGCUGGCAAACGAAGGUCGUGUAUUAUUUUAUAAUGAUGAAAGUGAUAUAUCCUGCGAUCCCUCUUCAGCUGUGGCUUCAUCAUAUGAAGUCUCAGAAUGUUUAUUACCAAUUAGGCGCAACUGGUGUUAGGUCUAUCAUACCAGAAUGUGAUACCUCAUAUGUGGUUUUAACUAAUGUUUAUUCAACCCCGUCACCUGACCCAGAAUGUGAUUUUCCUUAUGGACUUGAAUCAGCUAGUGGUAACGGAGGAGAUGGUGCAUUUAAAGAUGUUAACUAUAACAUUCGUGCCAAUACUAAAGGUGGUGUCCCUCCACAAGACGCAAAAU